UUAAAACAAAAUAGAAGAAGAAGAAGCAAAACGUGAACGGCUAGUGCUUUGGUUUGUUUACGUCGUGAAUGUAAAAUGUCACAAUUACAGUUCCUGAAUGUGUUUAUUACCGAACGAUUAACAGCGGUAGCUAUGCAGAUAUCCGUUGUACUUGAACAAAAUAUAGGCGAGUACCUGGAAGAAAUCUCCCGUUCAAACGAGGAGAACAAACGUCUACAGAGCCUGUUGGAUUUGGUUUUCAACUCCGAAAUCAAGUUACACCGCGAAGACUCCCAGCAGCUCUCUCUUCCUGUCUCUGAAGAGGAGGUUCCACAUGAGCAGGAGAGGAGCCCCAGUCAGGGGCAGGAGGACACAGAGCACACACAGAUUAAAGAGGGACAGGAGGAAGUCAGGACCAGUCAAGAGGAGGACCACCCUCAAGGGCUGGAAUCUGAUACCAAAGACAUCUUAAUCCCUGCCUGUGUGAAAAGUGACUAUAAACAGGACCCACCUCUGCCCUCACAUCUUGACCAAACCUUGGAGAACAGAGAGAGGGACUCUCUACCCACCAACACAACUGAACAGAUCAAAACAGAACCUGAUGGAGAGGAUUACAGCAUAUCAGAACCAACCAGGGACUCUCAGCUCCUCUCUGAAGCCCAGGUAGGAAACAGAGAAGAACGUGUUGAUGGGAUGGAGAGACUCAUUCCCCCUCCCUUCUCUCCAGACUCCCAGCAGCCCUCUCUCCCUGUCUCUAAAGAGGAGGUUCCCCCAGAGCAGCAGGAGAGAAGUCCCAGGCUGGGUCUGGAGGAACCAGAGCCCACAAAACAAGAGGAACUCUGGACGAAUCAGGAGGAACAGCAGCUGGAAUCUGACAGCAGCGUAUCAGAACCAACCAGUGACUCUCAGCUCCUCUCUGCAGUAAAUCCAGACUGUUCUGCAGCUCAGAGUGAAAACAGAGUAUCAGAACCAACCAGUGACUCUCAGCUCCUCUUUGCAGUAAAUCCAGACUGUUCUGCAGCUCUGGGUGAAAACAGAGUAUGUGUGGAUGGGGCAGUGGAGAUGCUUAUCCUUAUUCUCCUCCCUCCAGACUCCCAGCAGCUCUCUCUAUCUGUCUCUGAAGAGGAGGUUCCCCCUGAACAGCAGCACUGUGAUCAGGAGAGGAGCCCCAGUCAGGGGCAGGAGGACCCAGAGCACACACAGAUUAAAGAGGAACAGGAGGAACUCAGGACCAGUCAAGAGGAAGACCAGCCUCAAGGUCUGGAGUCUGAAAUCAGAGUAUUAGAACCAACCAGCCUCUGCAGAGUUUUAGAACCAACUAGUCUUUGCAAAGAAUUAGAAUCAACAUCUGUAGCAAAUCCAGACUGUUCUGCAGCUAAGAGUGAAAAGAUAGAAGAAUAUGUUGAUGGGUUGGAGAGACCCAUUCUACCUUCCAACCCUCCAGAACUCCCUGUCUUUGAAGAGGAGGUUCCCCCUGAGCAGCAAGAGAGGAGCCCCAGUCUGCAGCAGGAGGACCCAGAGCCCACAAAGGUUAAAGACAAACGGGAGGAAUUCGGGACCAGGCAGGAGGAAGAACAGCUUUACAUUGGGCUAUCAGAACCAACAAGCCUUUGUAGAGUAUCAGAACCAACCCUCUCUGCAGCAAAUCCAGACUGUUCUGAAGCCCAGGUAGGAAACAUAGAAGAAUGUGUUGAUGGGGUGGAGAGACCCAUUCCCCCUCCCUUCUCUCCAGACUCCCAGCAGCCCUCUCUCCCUGUCUCUAAAGAGGAGGUUCCCCCAGAGCAGCAGGAGAGAAGCCCCAGGCUGGGUCUGGAGGAACCAGAGCCCACAAAACAAGAGGAACUCUGGACGAAUCAGGAGGAACAGCAGCUGGAAUCUGACAGCAGCGUAUCAGAACCAACCAGUGACUCUCAGCUCCUCUCUGCAGUAAAUCCAGACUGUUCUGCAGCUCAGAGUGAAAACAGAGUAUCAGAACCAACCAGUGACUCUCAGCUCCUCUCUGCAGUAAAUCCAGACUGUUCUGCAGCUCAGAGUGAAAACAGAGUAUCAGAACCAACCAGUGACUCUCAGCUCCUCUCUGCAGUAAAUCCAGACUGUUUUGCAGCUCAGAGUGAAAACAGAGUAUCAGAACCAACCAGUGACUCUCAGCUCCUCUCUGCAGUAAAUCCAGACUGUUCUGCAGCUCAGAGUGAAAACAGAGUAUCAGAACCAACCAGUGACUCUCAGCUCCUCUCUGCAGUAAAUCCAGACUGUUCUGCAGCUCAGAGUGAAAACGGUAAAGUUGAUCAGAGUCCCAGCACUUCUUCAGAACAAGAUUCUAGUAACGUGGAAUCAAAUGAAGCAUCUAGUUUCUCUACCUGGAGUGAGGAAAACAUCUCAGUGACAGACAGCAACUCUUCAGACAGUAGCUCCUGCACUAAAGAAGACUCUGAGACACGUAAACCAGCGAAGAGAACAUGCCAUUCUAGAGGUGUGGUGAACGAACCAUCUGAUUUGUCCAACUUAUGUGAUGAAAACACCCCGGGGACUGAGAUCAGCCCUUCAGACGGAAACAAAGACAUGAACAUCCAAACAGACUCUGGGGCUCAUAAUCCAGCUAAGAGGAUCUGUCGGAGGGUGCUGAGUGCUUCACCAGAGGUUGUGUGCAGUAGGGUGACUACCCCAUCAGCAGCUCCAAGCUCCACACACGUCAUACCAAUGUCUGUAACCGACAGUAGAAGAUCUAAGAAACAGUGUUGUCGGUACUGUGGAAAGGCUUAUGUUGAAAUCGCGAGACACCUGCGGAUUGUGCAUCGGGAUGAAGUGGAUGUAACCAAGGCCUUCAGCUUCAGCAAGAAGUCCAGAGAGAGACAAGUCUUACGUCUUCUGAAUAAAAAGGGAGGCUUUUUGCGUAAUGUUGCCGUAGCAAGACGUGGCAGUGGAGAGAUGGCCUCCUGUUCCCGUCCCAAAGUGCCAGGAUCCACUCGAUGUUACACCCACUGCUUGCACUGUCAAGGUCUGUACAUUCAAAAGUCACUACGGAAGCAUGUCAGAUACUGCCCUCUGAACCCCAAAGCUGAAAAACCAAAACCUGGACCAAAGAUGAGGAUUCAGUCAGCAAUGGCGUUUAAGAUGCGUCCUCAACCCGACUACGUCAGCACAGGUCUUUGGAAGAUAGUUUGUGGUAUGAACUCCGGCCAAGUUUCAUUUGUGGUUAGAAAUGACAAAUGUAUCCUCCUCAUGGGAGAGGAGCUGUACAACAAACUACAGCCAGAUGGCAGAAGAAACAAAUACAUUCAACAAAGAAUGAGAGAGGUGGCAAGACUCCUCAUCACGGCCAGGACGUGUACACCUCUGAUGUGCUUUGAGGACUUGGUCAUACCUAGUAAUUUACCUCACGUCAUCACGGCAGUGAGAGCUGUUGCUGGCUACAACGAGGAGAACAAAACGUACGACAGUCCGACGCUGGCUGUUCAAAUGGGAUACAACUUAAUGAACAUUGGCAACGCUGUGGAAUCCUGUGCGUUGACGUCAGGACAACACAAAGUCGCGGAGUCUGCUGGCAAAUUCAAAGGUUUCAAGUGGAAUGAGGUUGUUUUGGCUGGAGCACUGUCCACUCUCAGUGAACCCCAAAAUAAAUGUCCACAGCCGACCCCUGUCACACAGGCGCCCGGCCAGCCGACCUGUUGCACACGCACCCAGCCGACCCCUGUCACACAGGCGCCUGGCCAGCCGACCCCUGUCACACAGGCGCCCGGCCAGCCGACCUGUUGCACACGCACCCAGCCGACCCCUGUCACACAGGCGCCUGGCCAGCCGACCCCUGUCACACAGGCGCCCGGCCAGCUGACCUGUUGCACACGCACCCAGCCGACCCCUGUCACACAGGCGCCUGGCCAGCCGACCCCUGUCACACAGGCUCCCGGCCAGCCGACCUGUUGCACACGCACUCAGCCGACCCCUGUCGCACAGGCGCCCGGCCAGCCGACCCGUUGCACACGCACCCAGCUGACCCGUCGCACAGGCACCCAGCCGACCCGUAGCACACGCACCCAGCUGACCCGUCGCACAGGCACCCAGCCGACCCGUAGCACACGCACCCAGCCGACCCGUAGCACACGCACCCAGCCGACCCGUCGCACAGGCACCCAGCCGACCCGUCGCACAGGCACCCAGCCGACCCGUCGCACAGGCACCCAGCCGACCCGUCGCACAGGCACCCAGCCGACCCGUCGCACAGGCACCCAGCCGACCCGUCGCACAGGCACCCAGCCGACCCGUCGCACAGGCACCCAGCCGACCCGUCGCACAGGCACCCAGCCGACCCGUCGCACAGGCACCCAGCCGACCCGUCGCACAGGCACCCAGCCGACCCGUCGCACAGGCACCCAGCCGACCCGUCGCACAGGCACCCAGCCGACCCGUCGCACAGGCACCCAGCCGACCCGUCGCACAGGCACCCAGCCGACCCGUCGCACAGGCACCCAGCCGACCCGUCGCACAGGCACCCAGCCGACCCGUCGCACAGGCGCCCAGCCGACCCGUCGCACAGGAACCCAGCCAAGCCAAAGAAACACUGUGAGAUUAAAGAGGAUCGUUGAUGAGGGAGCAGCAGUAGAGAAACACAUAAUGCCGUUCAUAAAGAGUGGCCAAGUUCCUGGAAAGAGGGACUGCCUCAAAUGCCUCCAGUCAGAACCUGUGGCGCUCAAAAGCAGAAACUGGUCGGGCAUUAAGUUCUAUGUAAAUAGAGUCAAACAGAGACAGAGUGCUGCAGGGAAUUCAGAGGGCAGCACCCCUGACCUGGACUCAAACUCAGGUCCAGAGACUGGCAACCCAACACCUUAGCCAAACAAAAUGUUAUUGUUCUUUGACUCAAUAAUUGGUGCAUUCUGGGUGUGCUAUAAAGUUCAGAAGUUAUGGGCAGAGUUAGAAAUCUGACUGGCAACCCAACACCUUAGCCAAACAAAAUGUUAUUGUUCUUUGACUCAAUAAUUGGUGCAUUCUGGGUGUGCUAUAAAGUUCAGAAGUUAUGGGCAGAGUUAGAAAUCUGACUGGCAACCCAACACCUUAGCCAAACAAAAUGUUAUUGUUCUUUGACUCAAUAAUUGGUGCAUUCUGGGUGUGCUAUGAAGUUCAGAAGUUAUGGGCAGAGUUAGAAAUCUGUCUGUCAGAGGUUUUACAAUGUAAGUUUACUUUGAAUCUGUCUAUAUGUAUAUUUCAAGACAUGGCAUAUGGGGGUGCCGUUAGAUAUAAUGGGUUGGACAAUAUUAUUUUACUUAAAUACUGGAAGUCAAAUUAUACUCCAACAUUAAGAAAAUGGAAGAAUCAAACAUUUUAUUAUUUAAAAAUAUUGAAUACAAUCUUUCUACAGACAGAAACAACACAACGAUUUGAAGUCGUGGGAAAAUGGCCCCUUUUUUUUAAACUUGUUUUUCAACCCCUGAGAAACACAGUUACUGAAGCGUCCCUGGAGCAGUUUAGUGGUUCUGUGCCUUGCUCAAGGGCACAACAGCAGGAGGCGGCAUCUAGGAUACCCAGAAGCCUACCAGAAUUGUUCCGUUCAGACUUGGGAUUCAAACCAGUGACUUUCCAGUUGCAGCUCUGCCUCUCAGGACAUGAUCAAUUAAAUGUUACCUGGCUAAAACCAUUUACUACAACUACUACAUUACAAACUGUUUUCCUUAGCUCGCUGACUAACCUAGUGUUGGACUACGGGUAGCAAAAAUCACAGCUUUUCCAGAAAUCCUGGUUGAAAUGUUCACAGAAUCAGAAGGGAUUUUAAGCAUGAAAUCCGGAAUCUUCCAUCCAGGAUUUCCGGAAUACCUGUGAGUUUCGGGAGAGUAUAGGAGGAUUUCCAGAAUACCUGUGAGUUUCGGGAGAGUAUAGGAGGAUUUCCAGAAUACCUGUGAGUUUCGGGAGAGUAUAGGAGGAUUUCCAGAAUACCUGUGAGUUUCGGGAGAGUAUAGGAGGAUUUCCAGAAUACCUGUGAGUUUCGGGAGAGUAUAGGAGGAUUUCCAGAAUACCUGUGAGUUUCGGGAGAGUAUAGGAGGAUUUCCAGAAUACCUGUGAGUUUCGGGAGAGUAUAGGAGGAUUUCCAGAAUACCUGUGAGUUUCGGGAGAGAGAGCAGGAUUUUGCAACCCCAGUUGGGCUCUAUUAAAGUUACUAUUGAAUGAUCA